AUGGUUCCGUCCCUCGCCUCUACCACGGCCGCCUCACCUGAUUAUGAGAAGGAGAAAUUCGAGAAGGAUGUUGAAGGUCUAUCGUCUGAAGACGCAAAAGUAGCAAGAAGAGCCUUGUGGAAGAUGGACCUUGCGAUUAUCCCCAUUGUUGCUAUGUAUUAUCUGCUGUCCUUCUUGGAUCGUUCAAAUAUUGGGAAUGCUCGCAUUGCAGGUCUGCAGACGGACCUCGGGAUGACGGACCAUCAGUUUUCUGUCGCUCUCACCAUCACCUAUGUACCAUAUAUCGUCAUGGAACUACCUAUGAACUUGCUCAUGAAACGUCUUGGAGCCAAUGUUACGCUGCCUGUCAUGGUAAUCCUGUGGGGCAUGGUAUGUGCUUGUCAAGGUGCAGUAAAAUCUUAUAGCGGCCUCCUUGUCUGCCGAUUCUUCCUUGGAGCGCUCGAGGGUGGUCUCUUCCCGGGAAUCACUCUCUAUCUCUCCAAUUUCUACAAACGCCAUGACAUGCAAUUUCGCUUCGCUAUGAUGUUCAGUACUACCUCUCUUGCUGGUGCCUUCUCCGGAUUACUGGCUGCCGCUAUUCAGAAUAUGGAUGGUAUGCGGGGUCUGGGAGGGUGGGCUUGGAUUUUUGUGCUCGAGGGUUUGUUUACCACCGUCUUCGGGCUCGUCAGUCUCUUGUGGAUUCCCGCUACGCCUUCUGCCGUCGGUCUCCUCACGCCACAUGAAAGAGAGGUUUACAUUCGCGCCUUGGCGGAGGAUUGGAGCGGAGAUGUGGAGGACGAGGGAGAGGAUGAUGAGAAGUUUAGUUGGAGCGAGGUUUGGAGCGUCGUAGUCAAUGCACCUCAUGUGCUGCUCAUCUGCAUCCCGCUGUUCGGGCUGGGACUUACCCUUUAUGGACUCGCAAACUUUACGCCCACGAUUGUUAAGUCCCUCGGGUAUGACACCGUCCGCACCCAGCUGCUUACCGUACCGCCAUACGCCUGUUCAUUCGUCGUCAGUUUGGUCUGUUCGUGGUUCUCCGACAGGAUGGGAAUGCGGGGCCCUGUAACCAUCUUAGUCUGCUUGAUCGCCACCGCCGGAUACGCACUCUUCAGAGCAACAUCAAACGUACAUGCAGACUAUGCCGCGCUGUUCCUCCAGAUCACAGGGAUUUACUCUGCUGCCCCUUGUCUGUGUACAUGGAACCCCAACAAUGUCCAGCCGCAUUACAGGAGAGCAACGGCCGUUGCAUUCGGUUUCAUCAGCACCAACAUGGGUGGCAUCGUCUCUACAUGGCUCUUCACCGACUCACCAAGAUACCCCACCGCGUCCGCCACAAAUCUCGCCUUCGCCCUCGCCAUGGCGUUCUUCUCUGCUGUCGUCAUGUGGGAUCUAUCAAAACGUAAUCAAGGGAAGAAAGAUGAAGUGGACAGGUUGGUGAGAGAAAAGGGGGAAGGGAAGGAGCCUGGUGGGUGGGAUUCGAAGCAGGAGAGGAAGAGACUGGGGGAUAGGCAUCCGAGGUUUGUGUACACUCUGUGA